UUAGAAUAAUAAUAAUCUUUAGUCACGUGUGACGUGACGUCAGGUCUUACUAUUCAUAAAUUCUCACUACAGUCAAUUGUUUAUUAAUGACGAACGCUACUGACCUAGUUCGUGAAUACCAUGACGUUCCUAGUCAAUCAAUUGUCAAUCCAAUUAUAUGUACUUUUUCAACUCAGAUUAUAUAUAAAAUUAAGUCAAUUAUAUUUAUAUGAUGUCAAAACUAUAACCGUUUCUUGAGUCCGUCGUUUUAAGAGAUGUAAUAGGUUCGUCCGAAAUAGGUAGGAUUUGUACGUUUAUUAUGCUGUGUCGAAUGCUUUAAAACAAUUUGCUCAUUUUAAUUUAUUUUUCGAGAGUAAAUAAAUAUUGUUUUAUAACGCGAGUAUCAAACGAAAAUAUAGUUUUCAUUCACUUUAAAAUUACGACUAUUCGUGCUGUACUAUAUAGGUCUUGCAUUUAUCGAUAUGACACGAAUCUAUAUAAAACAUAUAUAAUGUGUUAUAAAUAAACAUCGUUUAUAUUAAUAAGUUAUCGAAAAUACAAUGUCGGCAUUGAUGAGUCAAACGUCGAUUGCAGAGUGCAGUGGACUAUCGCACGUGCGAGACGCCUAUCAUUCAACUAUCGCCUUUCCUAUAUGGACUAAUGAAUAGUUUCAUUAUGUGGGGCUAAGAAGCACAGACUGUUAUGAUUUAAUCAAUUUAAUGUAAAAAGCAAAUUCUUACUUAUACAAUUUACAUAAUUAGAUGUAACCACUCACUGACAGCUUAACGUUCCUUUUAGUUUUUUCGCCAUCGUUACAAACAUACAUUUGGUAGCUGUAACACGUAAAUAUAUAUACUCUAAGCAGAGACUGUACGUGAGGGUAUUGUUGGACUGAAAACUUUUGUGGUUUUUAUUAUUUGCCGUUUGGCACCGCGGAUGCGGUGUCUGGUUAUUUGUGGAACAUAGUGCGGUUAGUGUUAGAGCUGGGGUUGUUACUCGGUGUGAUUGGUGCGCGACGCCAAUGCGGCGCCGGCGCGGGCGCAAUGUCGCCGCCGCGGGCGCUGCUUGCGGCUCUGCUCCUCUGUCAACUGCUGUCGUACGGUGGCCACCAAGGACUGACCAAGAUUUUUUACACGUUACCUGACACGGGUCAGCCUCCAAUACUCAUCUCUCUAACAGACAACACAAAACUGGAUUUAAAAACUGCAGAUGAGCUUCUAUUUACCAAUGAUUCUGAACAGCACAAUCAAACCCAAAUGUUCGCCAUUGUGGACAACAAAACGGUUGAAGGUGAGAAAACAUCAGAAACGGUGGAAAAAGAAUCAACAGAACCUCGACUCAUUGUAAAAGCUAAAUCAAUGCAUGAAACCCGACAGACAGAUGAAAAUAUUCAGAGUACCACUACCAUCCCCGAAGCGGAGACUACCGCCGAAUCUCAAUUAGAAAACGAAUCAGAAGAAGACAUUCCUAUCAACCCGGAAACACCGCAGGAAGAUAUUCCAUCGUUUUCAGAGUGGGCACAAAAGCAAUUGGCAGAAGCAGAAAAAAAAGAUACAGUACUAAACCACUCCAGUCAACCUAGUCAUAGCAAUACUAAUUUUAGCAGUAAGAGCACUAAGUUGCGGUCAAAAAAUUACGCGUCACCGGCGUGUGGCGCAAAAAUUAUUGCGGUAAAUCCGGAAGCUGGAUCGGCGAGUUCGAUAUUAUCUCCAAAUAGAGAUGAGUAUAUGCUCAAUACGUGUAACAGCCGCAUAUGGUUCGUAGUAGAGCUUUGCGAGGCUGUUCAAGCUCAAAAAAUAGAAAUAGCCAAUUUUGAAUUAUUUUCCUCAACUCCCAGAGACAUCGCUGUGUAUUUCAGCGAUCGAUUCCCGACAAGGGAAUGGGCAAGUGUCGGACAGUUUACUGCUCAAGACAUGAGAGACGUUCAAAGUUUUGACCUGUAUCCACAUUUAUUUGGCAAGUUUAUUAAAGUUGAAAUGCUGUCGCACCACGGAUCUGAACAUUACUGUCCUAUAUCUUUGUUCAAGGUUUAUGGUACUUCUGAAUUUGAGGUACUUGAAAAAGAAAGCUCACAACAUUCAGCACUUAUUGAUGAAGAUGAAGACGAUGAAAUAAUUGAUGUUCCAGAUAUGCCUGCAACUGAAACGGAGCCAUCCAAAAAUUUAUUCGGCUCUGCAAGAGAUGCAGUAAUGUCGAUCGUUAAGAAAGCUGCUCAAGCAUUCAAAACGGAAGUUCCUAAAAAUGUGUCCAGUGAACAAAACGAUACAUUAUCAGACAAAGUGUACAAACGGUGUUGCUCUCCAAGCCAUAUUAUAGUGUGUGAUAACUGUAGUGACAUUCUUUACAGUGAAGUGUAUGAACUUCUUAGUUGUAGCUCGGACAAAUUAACAAAUUUAGUGCGAACCGUAUUCCUUAGAGAUACUUUAAAGUGUACCGGCAUAUGUCAGAAGUUCGGUUUAGAUUUUAAAAGUACAAAGACUAUAGAAUUUAGUGAGGAGCGUGUAGCAUACAUGAACGCUUUAUUUCCACCAAAAUAUUUGGCCGCGUUGUGUAACAUUCUCGCUAUUAAAGAAAAGAAGGUCGUUCUGAAUACGAGUUUUGAGUCUGAAUUAAAUGUUACCACAAAUAUAACCGUCGACGAAUCGCCUCAAAAUCAUAGUGAAACCAACAGCGAACAAGAUGUCAAAUUAAUUACAGUAAACACAGAUAGUGACAGAGAUGGUGACAAAACUUUGACAUUAGAAGAUAAACCUACAGUACCUGAAGAAAAGAAUGAUAGUACUCCUAUAGAUAUAAAAGACGAUAAAAAAGAUGAUAAUAAAGAGGACUCUAAUGUGGCAGUCGAAGACACGGUAGUGCUUGUUUCCCAAGAAGAUAUACUACCUGAUAACAAAGUUGAAACGACUGAUGCAGAGAAACAGGAUAUACUGAAAACAGAUACGAAAUACGGUAAACCAGAAAUAUUGAUAGAAAAAACCAAAGAUUCGACAAAUAAUGCUGACGAUAUAAGUGAACCCGCAGUUUCUAUUGAUGGUGACAGCUUUAUAUCCGAUUUUGAUCAGAUGGCUGUAGACCCGCAACCAGGCAGUCAGAAUAAUGUUAAUCAAAACCAAGCACAAUCGACGAUACAGAAGGAAUCUGUGUUUCUGCGCUUGUCAAAUAGGGUUAAGACGCUCGAGCGUAACAUGUCUCUCUCUGGACAGUAUUUAGAAGAGUUGAGCAGGCGAUAUAAGAAACAAGUUGAAGAAAUGCAGAAAUCUUUCGAGAAAACAUUGGUACAGAUGACAGAAGAAAGAAAGAAAAGCAACGAACGGGAACAAAAGUACAUAGAGCAAAUGAGCAACUUGCAAGAGCAACUCGCUAAAAUGGCCUAUAAUAUGGAACUACUUAUGGAAGAUCGAGAUAGCUGGUUCGGAAACGUAACUUUCUUUAAAUUUGUAGUAUUCCAAGUUUUAAUAGUUAUAGGAAUCAUUUACUAUCUGUUACAAAAACAAAAGCCAGAACCAGUUAUAUUGCAUGUGCCGAAAAAGAUAAAGAAAAGACAGGAGAAAUUAAGAAGGCGAUCUGUGGAAGGUGUGAGUGGGCAUGCAACUCCUACUGCAAAGAAAAGGCGGCCGAGUGAGGAAGCAUUCCAAAUUGCAAGACAGUCUACUGAAGAUGUAGGAAUAGAACAUAAUAAUGGAGAAUGGCAAGUAGCCAAGAAGAACAGGCGACGAAAACCAUCAGUGUAUCAACAACACGUAGAAUUAAAUACAAACAUUAACACAAAUCAAGAUGAAAUCAGAAAGCUAGACGAGAAUCCAAUAGCGUUAGACGCAAACGAAUAUUUCGCGCCCAUACCAGAACCAGUAGAAUUUAUUGAUGUAAAUAAGAAAGAGUUACCAAAAACCAACGGGUCUUUCUUCAACAACUUGAAGAAUAAGACUCUGAAAACGAGGCGGCUCUCGUCUCCCGCUUUCCUAAGGACUUUAAACAGACAAAGUCUUCGAAGUACUCCUAGUCCCAUAAUGAGGACUAUUGAGCCUAUUUUUAACGGAAAAAUAGGUAAAAAGGCUGCUUCUGAGUCGCCUACUGGUAGUCUGUGGUCUGAAUCCACAGAUAUUUCACAAAAUGGACCGCAGUAUAGUGAAAACGGUAAAAAGAAGAAAAGUUUAAAAAAUAUUCUUAAAAAAGUGUUUUAGGACUUAUAUAAUCAUGUUUCUAUGCUAUUUGGCUAUUGUAAUUUAUUUCAUUAUGGAUGUAAUUAUUGUUAAAUUAUUGUAUAUUAUUUGUAUGAAUGUUAGUGCUGUGUAGGUGCCAAUUGUGAUAAAUUCGGGAGCCUAAUGAUAGUUGUUGAAUUGUUUUGUAAUGCCGCUUGGGACAAUAAAGUAAAUUGAUCAUGGACACUAGUCGAGUGAGCGAAUACAAAGAAAUGGCAUUAAAUGCGUUUUAUUUUA